AUGAACGGAAGAGCGAGACGCAUAUUGUCUUUGAUUUCAGUACGAAAUGCUAGUUCAGAUGUUAGUGAUGGAUCCAGUGGUGGUGAUGAAGUCAGAGAUGUCGAGAGUUCACCAGCGCCGUCUCUGGAUUCAUCAUUUGAAAAAGUCGCAAUUCUCGGCAGUGCCACUUCAUCGCCCAGUCCUUCGAAGCAGGAGGUGGAAUCACGUGCAGAAGACCUUUUUAUUGUGGAUCCAGAGACUUAUCAAGUUUCCCUAACACCAAUCCUGAACGCCGUGUUCUCUAUCCCUACGCAAUGCAAUUACGACGCAAUAUCUUUAAUUUCUUCUGUAUCAUCUAUACCGUCUGUUGAACCAUCUACUCCCAUAGCGGAUGUCCUUUUACCUUUAGUGACACGUGGGCAAUGA